ACACUGGUGCGCUCAUUCUCCCUCAUAGGGUGGGAGGAGCGAACUGCACCGGGACGCCGCACGAUGCAGCAGUCCCGUCAAAAGCUCCAGGUCCAGCACCUCCAGCAGCCAGACCACUAGUACACCUGUAGUGGCACUUCCCGUAACGCGUCGCUUGGAUUAAAAACAAGAAAACCAAAAUUAGUCAAAUAUGAUCGAAGCCACUUGGAGACAGAGCGCGGAAGCGACAUAGACACGUAUGGUUCAGGACAAAGAGGGUCUUCCUCGAAAUUACGAUGCGUCUCACAGCGGUGGUCUUCAUUCUGCUGGUGACAGGCAUCGCCAAAGGUUGGGAAUGCAGCGCAGGGUGCAAUACAGAAAAUGGGUUUUGUGAGAAGCCUGGGAAGUGCAGAUGUAAACCAGGGUGGCAAGGGGACAACUGUGACCAGUGCGUGCCCUUCCCCGGCUGUCUGCACGGCACAUGUGAGAAGGCAUGGCAGUGUAUCUGCAAGGAGGGCUGGGUGGGCAGCCUGUGUGACCAAGAUACUCGCCUGUGCUCAUCUAGGCCUUGUGCUAGUAAUGCCACCUGCAUAGAGACUGGAGAGGGGGGAUACCUGUGCAUCUGUCCUCAUGGCUACGCUGGAGACAACUGCCACCUGAAGAGGGGACUUUGCCUGACCAAUGGCUCUCCUUGUCUAAAUGGUGGCACAUGUAUGGAUGCCGAUGGCUCAGCAGGCUACUCUUCCUGUUCAUGUCCCCCUGGAUUUUCCGGGGACUUCUGCGAGAUCGGCGUUGACAGCUGCCAGCCUAACCCCUGCCUCAACGGUGGCAACUGUACAAACCACGGCCUGGCUUUCACAUGCGUCUGCCCACACGGCUUCACGGGCUUCACUUGUAACGACACCGCCAGCCUCUCUCCCUGCGCCGGUCGGCCCUGCGCCAACGAGGGCACCUGCGUCGGUCAACCUGAUGGUACCUUCCGGUGUAUUUGCCAGAAAUGGUUUACAGGUCCCACAUGCUCCCUGCAGCACAGACCGAAGACCAGAUCCAAGCCGGUCGGUGCCAGGCCGGCAGAACACCGAGUGCUUGCUCUGACCCCGCAGCACUACUCCCUCCCUGCUCACGCGUUCCACAAGCUCCUCAGACCUCCAGAGAGAGACCUGCUGAAGAUCACCCUCAAAGAAACCGUGCACUCGUCCGGCGUCCUCGUCACCCACGGUCAGCUGGUCUGCUUCAGCAUGCUGGCGCUGCUGACCUGCCUGGUCAUCCUGGGCACCACGGGCAUCGUGUUUUUUGGCCGCUGCGAGACGUGGUUGGCUAAUGCCAAGUACAGCCAGCUUGUUCGGCAGCAAAGGGAACACCUGCUGAGGGAAGCUGGCAGCACGAGCCAGGAAGAGCCGGAGCACUCGGUAAACAUCAUCCUGCCGGAGAAGAUUAGACUCACCAGCUUUGGGAGACACUACACCUCCAUCUGAUUAAUUUGUCCCUCCCUCUUCCCUGCUCCCUCUGGAAGGAGUCUAAUAUGAAUGUCUAAAAAUAGCAACCGACAAAAUACUAUGACUGUUGUACAGUUGUGUUUGUAUAACACGAGCGAUACCGGACUACCCUGGAAUAUAUGUUUGAAUGUAAAGUCUACUGGACCAGGCGGACAGACGCGACACUGGAUUGUACAUGUACUUUUAAUCAUACAGUCAAAAAUGUCCAGUAAACGUGUAGAAUAUUAGAAAACAUGCUCUCUCACACAGCAUUUGGUGGCUGUUUUAAAGAUGUCAUUUCGUAAACUCAUUUUAAAAUUUAAAAGCAUUAUAGUUUUACCUUUCCUGUUACAAGCUGAUUUUGGAUGGAACAGUGAAAUUAAUUUUAUGAGAAAUUAUUCCAGUUAAAUUAGAGCAUUAAAUCAGGGCCAUCUAGUAUUUGUGACCAAACUAAGAAAUUGUGCUUUUAAUUUGUUAACUGUAAAAAAAGAUUUGUAGCUGCAACAAUUUCUUGAUUAGUUGUUCAACAGAAAAUUUUGCAAGCCAGUUUAUAAUUUAAAUGUUUUUCAAGACAACAUUAGUUGUAUUCAGUUUCCCAAAUGUGAGGAUUCAAUAUUUUUUUAACACGAUGGUAAGUCUUUGGGUUGUCUUUGUUUUGUAGACUGUCAAAUUAAACAAGCUAAAAGGUCAAAAUCACAUUAAAAUCCAAUAAUUUGGGACACAACAAUCAAUUGAAUAUUUAGAAGGUUAACAAAUGACAAAAAUAAUGAUGUAGUUGUUGCCCAAGCCAUCUCCAUGCAACAUAGUUAGAAUUUUCCAUUUCCUAAUGAAUAGAAAAUUACAUAUUGUGAGUUUGUACGCUUUGUGCAGUUACCGUACGUGAUGUUGCCACUCAAACAGCUGUUAAAAUCUUGCAGGUUGUAACUGUACCCAAUAGCGACAUUCUCAUGUAAAUGUAUUAUUGAAUGUACCAAAACCUAAUUUAUUCCCCCAGCCAGUUGCCUCUCUUUGUAGGCGUUUCAUUCCAGAUGUUGCUUUUAUAGGUAUAUAAGUAAUAGCUCAUGUAAAGACAGAACUUAUUUCAUUGUUCCUCAAAAAGUGCCACUUUCCAUCUUUCCUUCCGUCUGUUGGUACCCGGCAACGAAUAUCCUCUCUUCAUUGAGUGAUCAUUCUAAAACUCAUUUGGAGUUUCUCUGCGAUUUUAUAAGAUUUGGCAGCCCUGCUCUUAACUGUCAGUGCUGGAAUUUCAGAGGUAAUUCCGCACGCAUCUGUGAGCCCUGAAAUCAAUAGUGUAACAGCCGGUAAGUGUUAUUGGUUUGCCUCAUGCAUGAGACGGACACCAGCUCUGCAGGGAUGCGAAGAGAUUUCCAUGAAUACUAAAUGUAUGUCAAAAUAUGGGACACAGAUGUGUGGUGCAGAGUAAAUAUACAGUCGAGCACGUGGAGCAUAUUGUAUGUGAUGUUUUAAAAUGCAUAAGCUGAUGAUACGAAGUCUACUGAGGUUUUGAGGCUGAAGGUUUUCCCUCUCAUAUUAAGUCUCCUUCAGAGACAUGUGGUGCUGUUAAAACAUUGUGUAUCAUAAUUCACCGAUUGGAUGGUUAUCUUGUGCUCAUAACAUCAAGGGUUACAUUUUAGUUUUUGGUUCAAAGUGUGCAUAAGUAUAACAUGAUGAUUUACAAGUCUCAUAUCUAUAUGGGCGCAAUAACUGCAACUGUGCAGUACUUAUUUAUUCUGAGCUUAUGUGCUGUUGUACUUUGACCAGAAAGUGUUUGGUUGUCUAUAGCUUUUAAUAAAAAAAAUAUAUAUAUAUAUAUAUAUAUAUAUAUAUAUACACAGAAAAGUAUCCACUUGACAAAGAUGCUUGCAGUGAUACAUGCUUGUAAACCCAAAGGUGAAAUCAGCUUUAUGUUUAGUUUGCUAUCACCUUCUUAGCUGGUCUGCUUUGUCCAGAUUCAUAUUGAGUCUUUGAACGCUGUUGUCUCGACACAACAGGCAGCUUAAGACAAAAUCAGAUUCUCUGCAAGGAUAGUAGAGUGCAUCAGAUGUUUCGCAGUGUGAAGUCCAACCGAGUGCACAUGCUGCACCUGUGUGUUCUAAAAUCAUUGGAACACCUGCUCUCCUGCUCUGUGACACUUCUUGAGUUUCUCCCUGUGCCAAACUGGAUGAUUAUCAGCUGAAUGAUAACAUGGGCUGUGUCUGUGCUCCUCCCCUGAGCCUGGAGGUGGGACCAUUUCAGAUAACAGUCUCUGUCUCCACCUUGUGGUUCAAAAGCCUGUUAUCUACUGCAGGAAGCAAGUGUGGCAGCUCAGUCAUUUUGUUGUUUCAUUCUGUUUUGUUCACCUGUGAACGUCUGUGCAAGUGUGGAAACAUCUGAAAUCUAAGAAAGGAAACACAGAUCAUCUUUACAACUGAAAAAGAUGCCGCAUCUGUUAAAAAAACAUUGCACCUGAAAGAGUUGCUCAUUUGUUUGCUUAUUUUUUAUGUAAAGUAUACCCGUUUGAAAACACAUAACAUGCCAAUUUACUUCAUGAUCUGACUGGAUGUCAGUUCCGGAACAAGUUGCAUGAAGCUAAGCUAGAUGUCAGAAUGAUAUAGCAUAGUCCCAUUGACUUUCUAGUAUUUCCUGUGAAGCAGAUCUGCCUCUUUACGUGCAUGCACAGUUAAUUGUGGCUGAAUUCAUCACACAGGAUUGCAAGCAUCCUCAGUGUCCAGCCAGUUUGACAGGAGGGUUGACAGUCUUCUCACUGAGGAAAUCCUAUUUGUGUUCAUUACAAGCAGACGACAAAGACGAAUGCUACUUGGCUCAAGUGAGGACAAAAGCAGUGACGGAAGGUAAUGACGGCCUCUUGUGCAUCACAAGAAGCCGGCUAGUUUACAAUUUACAGAGUUUGUGCUUUCAACCCAAUCCAAGCUGUUUCCUGUUCUCCCUGCUGUUUAAUCUACUGUAUAUUUUAAUUUCAACCAUAAUUUCAGCUGGCAAUAUUCGGUUUAAGUUUCCCUGCCUCCGUGCAUGCAAAAUCAACAGAGUGGUGUAAAAGCCAGACAGGCACACUUGUUCCACACCUACAUUGUCACUGAGGCAAUAUUAGUAAAAAUACCUCCGUAGGUGGAUGAUGAAUCUGCAGGGGCUUUAAAAAUUUACAACUGUUUCCCCUGGCUGCCAUUAUGGAUCACAAAUGUGCCAAACUGCCUUUGAGGCAUGAAUAACCCAUCACAUAGACCUUUUUUCAUUUCAGGUCACAUAGUGAAAUAACCCAGUGCACUAAAUUCCUUCCUGACAAUAUAAUAUUAAAUUUUUUGUUUGAUGAUGUUAGCAUUGUCGAUCAUUUAGCUAGGGCUCCUUUGUAAACAGAAAUAUUGUCUUAGACCCGUCCAUAAAUCCUCCCAUUCUCAAUAGAGUUUCUUCAAAUUAAGAGUGUGCCAUUGGCAUUUUGCUUUUAACUGAGAUGGAACAGUUCAGCUAUAGAUUACUGUCCUGUGUGUUUCAGUCUUAACAGAGCUCAUGCAAGUAAAAAAGCCAUGUAGUCACAGAGUAUGACCACAGGGUGUCAUCCAUCUAAAAGGAGACAGAGGAGAGGCUGUAGCGAGGAGCUGAGCAAAGGAGUCACACAUUCUGUUACACCGAAAACACUGGAUUUUGCAUUCACCAGUGAUUGGGAAGUUAUUGGCAUUUUUCACAUAUUGCGAAGUAAGACAUAUGGCUGUAUAUAUAGUAUACCUAAAUAAAACUCUGCUUCAAAAUUAUUUUUUAUGUAAUGCAGCUAUUUAGUAAUAUUUGUCUAAAUUAUAUUUCUAAUCUAAAGCAUAGUGUCUUAGUGACGUACUGGACCAAAGCGUGCUGCCAGAACAGCUUCAAUGUCCUUCAGUAUUGACCUCCAAGUCUCUGGAACUCACAGGAGGGAUGAAGUCUAAUUUUAAAAAAGAUAGUCCUUAUAUUGGUGUUUUGAUGAUGGUGGUGGAGACACGUUGGUCCAUCAUCUCCCACACGUGCUUUAUUCUGUUACAAUCUGGUGCAAAGGCCAUAGAACAGGAUUUCUACCAUUCAGUUACCCCUCGUGCCCUAUGGGGGGCGUUGUCAUCCUAGAAGACACCACAACACUCCUACUGGUUAGAAAUGUUUCAUCAGAGCAACUUUGUGUUGAUUUGUAGCGACCUUUCUCUCCGAGGAGGCAAGUGAGCCCCAAACCAUGCCAGUAAAACCCCUUGUACAGCAUAACAAAGACACUGGAUCCCCUCACUGUUGGCCUCAAAGGUUCAGAUCUGCUUUAUUUUCACAACCUCAAGAAUAUGUUGACUCAUCUGACCAUACCUGCCUUUUUUGGCUCUUCCGUUUUCCUGUACAUAGUCAACUAAUUUACAUUCGUCACAGUCAUCAAAUGUGCUCUAACACGUUUUCAGAUCCUUUUUCUCAUGCAUGUCAUUUUACUGUAAGUGAGACACCAACCUGUUGCGCAAUAUUUAUGACCGAGAUUCCUGCCAUGUGCGCCUCAAUGAUGAAACCUCUUUCAACAUCACUCAGACGUUUGCCAUGUGACACCAAAUCAGAAUUAACUGCUCAGCAUUUAUAAACAAGCCACAGAGCGUGAUUGGAUGUUUAACCGUGCAAUGCAGGGCAUCCGAUUGGAGGCAUUUGACUCCGUUUUCCUCGAAAUUUUCUCCCAUCUGCAUUUGAUGUCUGAAAACAGCAACAGUUCAGUGUAGUAAUGUGAAAUCAGUCCUCAGCAGCAGUGCAGACAACAACCAGAGUCAAGGAUAAGUGCUGCCUGUCCCAUAUAAUAGAUUAUUUUCCACUUCUGGUGCUAUAAUGUUUCAAUUCACCAUUUGGAUGACAGCCAGUGGGGUUUUUUUCUGUUCCAUGCUACCGUAUCUUACUGUUGACUGAGGUUCACUGGAAAAUGUCUCAGAGACUCCUGCUGUAUUAUCAAGUAUCUCUAAACUACAAAAACUAUCCUUAAAAAUCAGUGGCAAUCUGUGAUCAGUUCUGAAUGUCAGGCAGCAGUUAAGUAAAACCAAUUAAAGCUACAUUUAGAUUACAGUCUCUUCCUGAUAAAGACAACUUGUGUCAAUGCUGCAGUCAAGGUUCGAGUGAAAAAAAAUGCCUGUAUAAACACAGAUUCAUAGCAACACUUAGUUUCCAGAAAAAUGCUCAGCGUUAAAACUGUCCUUCAGAAUUUUGAUACGUCUCCUGAGUGGCAGAGAGGCUCGAGGGUUUAUUUUUACUAGUUUUAAGAAGAUUGUUUAAAACAUGCUGAAACCUUUCCGUGGGCCGAGGCCCCCAGUUCCCCACCACCAGACAUUCAUUUGUGGAGUUAUGACCCUGGGGAGAGAGGGGCCCUCACCUUCAAAGCUGACCAGAGAGGCUGAAAAAAAACCCCACCUCAGCAGACAAACACUGCUCCCUCCAAGUCAUAAAACAAACCAGAGCAGCAAAAGUUAAAUCUCUUUCCCCCCUAUAGACCCCAAAGCCCCUUUAACCCUUUGUCCCUGUCUGCCUCUCCACAGACAGAUGAGACUCAACAUCCAUGGAAAAUUGCACAUGGAAAGCGUCCAGAUCCGGAGGAAUUCCAAUUGGGGGUUUUCGAACCAGGGGUGCAUAUUGGAUACACUGCAAGUUAUAUUUCAUCCAGGCAGGUACCCCUCUGUCAGCUGUCAGCUCCACAUGAAUACUGUGUCUUUGUGUGUUUAAUGUGUUCCAUAUGAGUAGUAAAGUCGGGUCACUGUAAAGCCCCUGCAGUCAGACCAGCAACAUAUUCUCUAAUGGCGCUCAACUUAUUCUCUUUUCUGAGCCAGAUGUUUUUGGUUUCUUACCAAAACAACACAAUGUAUACUAUCAUUUACUGUUUGUGAUCAAGUCAGCCAGUGUGAUUUAUUAUGUGUCGUAAAGGCCGGAAACACUGAAGAUUAAAAGAGCAUCUGAAAGACUUGAA